AUCAACUCAAUGAUGUGCGGAGCAAUUUUUAACAGCCUAGAGCAAAUUGACGCAAGCCUAGACCAACUUAGUAAAAGCCUAGAGCAAAUUAGUGAAAGUUUAGACCAAAUUGGUGAAAACCUAGAGCAAAUUAGUGAAAGCCUAGAGCAAAUUGACGCAAGCCUAGACCAAAUUAGUGAAAGCCUAGAGCAAAUUAGUGAAAGCCUAGAGCAAAUUAGUAAAAGUCUAGACCAAAUUAGUAAAAGCCUAGACCAAAUUAGUAAAAGCCUAGACCAAAUCAGUAGAACUGUAGACCAAAUUAGUAAAAGCCUAGACCAAAUCAGUAGAACUGUAGACCAAAUUAGUAAAAGCCUAGACCAAAUUA